AUGAUCAUUGGCGCCCAGGCGCCCUCGCCGCAGCCCGGCCCGAGCCACCCCAGCGGCAGCGCCGCCGACGGCGAGCAGCAGCAGCAGCAGGCCGCUCCCGAGUCUGCCGCCUUGGAAGCACUGUACCUCCAAUCAGUCGCCGCCGCCGUUGCCCGCGCCGCAGCGGCGGGCGCCGGCGCUGCAGACCCAACACGCGCCCCCGGCGGCAGCGCCAGCGGUGCCGGCAGCGACGAGGAUUCGGACGAGGAGUCCGAGGAUGAGGACGGCUUGGAAGCUGAAGAGGCGCAGCUGGUCGUGUCGACAGUCUUCGAGGCGUCCAGGGCCCUGCUGUCCCUCGGCCUCGCCCCCGUCCUCGGGGUCAGCUGGGCGGCGACCAGGUUCGAUCCUGAGGCCUUCUCCACGGCCGCCGCGCUCGCCGCCGCGCCCGUGGCGUUUGCGGCCGUCCUGCUGUUUGCGCCCUGGGCGGGCGCGCCCACCACCGAGCAGCUAGCAGCCAUGCCGCGCGCCCUGGCCGCCGCCGCGCUUCCCUCGUGA